GACUGGACCUGUGAUCUAAGCUCUUCUCUUCAACGCCGCCUUCAACUUUCGCCGGAGAUAUGGAUUCAAUGGAAACGGUGGAGAAGAUCCUGAACUACAGUUUCAAGAACAAGACUCUUCUCAAGGAAGCGAUAACGCUAUCUCCUCGAUUCAAGCGGCUUGAGUUCCUCGGCGACUCUGUACUUGAGGUCGCCUUGGCUAAUUACAUCCACCACGCAUACCCUAAUCUCAAACUCCAGGAGUUGUGUGACUUGCGAACUGCUAAUGUAAAUAACGAGAAGUUCGCUCGUGCCACCGUCAAACACAAUCUCUACCAAUUCAUCAUAGGCGAGAAGUCUUCUUCUCCAUCUGAAAAGAUUAAAGAGUUCUCGGAGGCGGUGAGCAAAGAAGAUGUUCCAGUUCCUUAUGGUGGAUUGGUGGAAGCUCCAAAAGUUCUUGGUGACAUUGUAGAGUCAAUAGCUGGAGCUGUUUAUAUCGAUGUGGAUUUUGAUGUACAAAGAUUCUGGGAGAUCUUCAGGGGUCUUUUGGAGCCAAUAUAUACACUUGAUGAUUUACAGAUGCAACCUAAACCACCAUUUCUUACGCUUUUUCGUUUGGCUGAUAAACACGGCAAGCGAAUUGACUUCAGGUAUUCGAAAGAUGAUCACAGUAAAGAAAAUAUUGCUGAGGUUUAUCUUGAUGGUAUAUUUAUUGCCUCCGGGUGUACUAAAAGUUUAAGUGUCGCAAAGGUGCUUGCUGCUGAGGAAGCGGUACAGAAGCUGUCAGAAUAUGAUGUUGAAAUUGAAAAUGUGAAACGGAAGUUGAUUGAGAUUUGCUCCACUGAAAAACUCCGGUUACCGAUUGAGUCAUUUUCUUUGCCUACUGCCUCUGAGAACCCUGUAACCGAUGAAAUGACGCAAGAACAAAUGGUUAUUGAUGAGGAUUGUCCACAUGUUGAACUUGAAGAUGCGAAACGGAAGUUAAUUGAUAUUUGUUCCAUUGAAAAGCUCCGCUUACCGACUGAAUCAUUUUCUUUGCCUGCCGCCUAUGAGAAUCCUUUAACCGAUGAAAUCAAACAAGUACCUGGAUACCCGAAAGGGAAGUUACAUAAGAUUUGCGUCAAGAAUAAGUGGCCAUUCCCGAUUUACAGAAUUGAGGAAGAAAGAGGGCCAAAAAAUGAGCAGAAAUUUGUUUGUUCAGUUAAGAUUGAGAUACCAAAUAUAGAAGGUUCCUUUCACAUGAAGGGAGAUGCAAAACCAAAGAAAAAGGAAGCAGAAAACUCCUCAGCCUACCACAUGAUAAGAGCCUUGGAAUCUUCUCUAAUGAGUCUUGUCAUUAAUCCGCAAAUGCCGAAAGUUUUAGAUGAGAAGAAGAAUCCAUCUCUCGUCAGCUCAGAAAUGGAUUCUGAUUCAGUGAAAGCAGUGGAGAAGAUCUUGAAUUACGUUUUCACGAACAAGAAUCUUCUGAAAGAAGCGCUAAGGCAAACCUCUUCUCUAUUCCAGAAGCUUAGGUUCGUUGGCCGGGCAGCUCUAGUUCUCGCCAUCACGAAUCACAUCUACCUCAGGUAUCCUAAUUUCGAACCCAGGGAGUUGGAACUGCUGCAACGUGGAAAUACAUGUAACAAAACUUUGGCUCGCGUUGCCGUGAAACAUAAUAUUCACCAAUUCUUUAUAGGCCAAUUCAAGUCAGAGAAAAAGAUUGAAGCGUUCUCAAAGGUGGUGGGCAAAGAGGAUGACCCAGUUCCUUCAGAUGGCCGAUCGGAGAGAACCACAAAUGUACUCUCUGACCUUGUAGAGUCUGUAGCUGGAGCUGUUUAUAUUGAUAUGAAUUUUGAUAUUAAAAGACUGUGGGAGAGCUUCAGGGGUCUUUUCGAGCCAUUAUAUACAUUGGAUGAUUUGCGGCUGCGACCUCAACCAAUUCAUACCCUUUCUUGUUUGGGUGAUAAAGACGGCAAGCAUUUCGAUUUCAGGUAUGAGGAAAAGGGCAGCAAUAGGUAUAAAGCUCACGUAUAUCUUGAUGAUAAGUUAAUAGCUAGUGGGAAAAAGAAAAAUAGUAGAGAUGACGCAAAGAUGAGCGCUGCUAUGGAAGCAGUACGAAAGUUGUCAGAAAGUAUGCCCGUUGAAAUAGUUAUGGAUAGACAAGACAUUGUAAAUGAAGAUGCAAAAGACAAGUUGAUUGAGAUUUGCAACAAGCGAAAGUGGCCGAACCCAGUUUACAGUGUUGAGAGUAACGGAAAAUCUAAGGGAUAUGUUUGUUCAGCUAAGAUUGAGACUCCAACUGAAGAAGGUACUUUAUACGUUAAGGGAGAUAGAAGAAAACUGAGAAAGACAGCAGAAACUCCUCAGCCUCCCACUUGUUAAGAGCCUUGGAAUUUUCUCUUAAGGAUGAUUUGUAAUAUUAGAUAUGUGUUUUUGAGCCACCAUUAGCUUAUAGAUAACAUUAUUAGUCGCUGUUUUGAAUCAUUCAAAAAAUAUAUCUUAUUUAUCGUCUUAUUUAGUGUU